AUGGAGGCGCCUAGAAGGAGCGGGCGGUUCAACUUGCCCUUUGUACACAAGUCCUCUUCGUUCGAUUUGACGGAGCCGGAGGAGGUCAAACUGUUCAAGAGCAGCCAAGAGGUGGUGAUGGAGGAGCGAGGGGAGAAGGAGCGCAGCCGAUCGUUCGAUGUCCAGGACCUCUCGAGCUCGCCCAGGCCCAGGCUCCCAGCGGGAGCGCAGCCACCCAAGAGGCUGUCUCUCGCCUACGGCCCCGGCGAACUGAGCAAGGCGCUGCAGGCGCUGAUGAGCCUCCACGAGCAAAGCGACAGUGAGGUCAAGUCGGACAGCAGCGAGGACGAGGAGUGCAGCCUGAAGAAGAAGGAGAAGAGGCGGGACCGGUCUCGACACAGGCGAAGCUUCCUGUCCCUGCUUCUACGUAGGACAGCAAGUGACAAGCGCACCCGCUAG